AUGUAAAAGCGACAACAAACAACAAAUCCGGGGCUUGAAUACAAAAAGAAACGCCAGCCAACUUUGUCCUCCCCUCUGACACUUUAUCCGGGGCUGUAGAUCGAUGUCCGGAGCAUAAUUUCGCAUUUUUAUCCGCUGUCGUGGCAGAUUUUUACUCAUUUUGUAAUAGCCGCUUGCCUGUCGGUCUGUUGUUUGCCUCUGCUAGUGACUGGCAGGUUUGUUUACAUCGGAUGCCCUUCCUUUUCCCCUGUUACAUGACUUUGACAUGAUGGAGCUCACUGAAAACAAGUGCCAAACUGUAAUUAUGUAUAAUUUCAAAUGUGGCCUUUAAAAUUCAAAAAGUGAUCAAUAAUAGCUGUGUAAUAAUAAUAAUGUCUUCCAAUGGACAUUAUUUAGUCCAAAAUUGAUUAAUAGUUAAAUGAAUUGUGUCUUUUUUUUUUUUUUUAAUAAUUUAUUAGUUAUUCAUUUAACCUUUAUUUCACCAAGAUAGUUCCACUGACAUUCGGAACUAUUCUAAAUGUUUUAGUAACAAGUGAAAUUCCUAAAUGACUGAACCAUACCAACUUUAUUUAUAAAGCACUUAACAAAACUUUACAGCUGGUCAAAGAGCCAUACAAAAACAUUGAAUAGACAAAGACAACCACAAGUCAAAGUUACUCAGGUUAAUUAAUAACAACAAUUCUACAGCUCAUCUGUCAAAAGCCAGUAAGAAAAGGCACAUUUUUGGAGUGGUUUAAAAACAGGUAGAGCCAGUUGAAUGUCUAAUUAGCACAGCUUCAGUGAGCAAUAAAGUCAACUGUGAACGAUGAGCGGUCAAGGUUCAUGUGUAGAUAAAGGCAUGAACACCGUAUUAGUUUGUCAGGAGAGUUAUGCGUGUGGAGGAUCAGAUGAGGCAGCUUUUGAGUGCGAUGAAUGUGGGAGUCUGCAGUGCACUCGGUGCGAACUAGAGCUCCACCUACAAGAGAGGAUGAGGAACCACGACCGGGUUCGGAUCGCACCCGGCCAUGUGCCAUUUUGCGAUUCCUGCAAAGGGGAUGGGAGCUACGCCGGGAGCAACGGAAGACUGCGGGCCGCGGUGAGAUGCCAGGGAUGCAAGAUCAACCUGUGCUUGGACUGCCAGAAGAGAACGCAUGGAGGAGUGAAUAAGAAGAAGCAUCCUUUAACGGCAUAUCCUCCAGUUCAAACCUCAAAGGAGAACAUCGACGCAGACUCAGAUGCGGAGAGUCUCAGAGCAGCUCUAGAGAAGGUCACAAGCUUCCUAUUAGUCGACGAAAAGGAGGAGAUGCAAGUAAAAGAUGAGGAGGACUUUGUGAGCAGACUGGGCUGUGGACCAGAGGAGCUGCUCAAAGUUGUAUCUAUCUUUGGAAACACGGGUGAAGGGAAGUCCCACACUCUGAAUCACACCUUCUUUUUGGGGCGAGAGGUUUUUAAGACGUCCCCGGCUCAGGACUCGUGCACAGUGGGAGUCUGGGCAGCUCUGGACCCUGUGCGUAACGUGGUGGUCAUCGACACAGAGGGACUGCUCGGAGCUGGAGCCAAUCAGGGCCAGCGUACUCGUCUGCUGCUUAAAGUUCUGGCCAUCUCUGAUAUGGUGAUCUAUCGAACUCAUGCGGACCGUCUCCAUGAUGACCUGUUUAAGUUCCUUGGCGAUGCUUCCGAGGCGUAUCUGAAACAUUUCUCCAGAGAGCUGAAGGCCACGACAGCGCGCUGUGGUCUGGACGUACCUCUGUCCACUCUGGGGCCUGCUGUGGUCAUCUUCCAUGAGACUGUGCAUACAAAAUUACUGGGCUCAGAUAAACCAUUAGAAUCAGCUGACCGCCUUCUUCAGGAGCGGUUCAGGAGAUUGGGGCUGUUUCCGGAGGCGUUCAGUUCAGUUCAGUACAAAGGGACUCGAACCUUCAACCCUCCCACAGACUUCACAGGACUCCUGCGUUGUUUAGAGCUACAGCUUGAUAACAACAACACACGCUCCCCCAGAUCUGCCACUGUCAUCUACAAGGCUCUGCAGGCCCUGAGUGAGCGCUUCAAUGGGGAGAUCCAGGACGAGCACCUGAACAGCACCUGCUUCUUCCCUGAUGAGUAUUUCACCUGCUCCAGCCUCUGCCUCAGCUGUGGGUCUGGUUGCAAGAGCAGCAUGAACCACCUGAAGGAGGGUCUGGGGCACGAGGCCAAACAUCGAUGUCGAUACUCUGCUCAAUACGACAAUCGCAUCUACACCUGCAAGGCUUGUUAUGAGGGAGGGAAAGAGGUGAUUGUCGUCCCCAAGACCACUGCUUCCUCAGACUCACCGUGGUUUGGACUGGCCAUUUAUGCUUGGUCUGGUUAUGUGAUAGAGUGUCCAAACUGUGGCGUGAUCUACCGGAGCAGACAGUACUGGUACGGAAACCAGGACCCAGUGGAGACUGUGGUCAGAACAGAGAUACAGCACAUCUGGCCUGGGUGUGAUGGUUUCUUGAAGGAUCACAGUAACGCGGCACAGAGACUGUUGGAUGGAGUGAAGCUGAUUUCUCAGUCUGUCUCUGAGCUCAGCGUGACUCCGGCCAAAGCAGUGACAUCAUGGCUCACGGAUCAGAUCGCCCCCGCGUACUGGCAACCCAACUCCAGUAUACUGAAUUGUCAUGCGUGUAAACUGGAGUUUGGUCCUAAUGACACAAAGCACCACUGUCGGGCCUGUGGAGGGGGCUUCUGUGGGUCCUGCUCCUCUAAGUCCAGACCGGUUCCAGAGAGAGGCUGGGGUCUGGGGCCAGUGCGAGUCUGUGACCAGUGCUUCACCAACAGAGAAAUAUCCACAGAACUGUUGGACGCUGCACUGGAGGAGGACGGAGGGACCUUGAUCGCCCGGAAAGUGGGAGAGGCGGUGCAGAACACUCUGGGAGCUGUGGUCGGAGCUAUAGACAUACCUCUAGGUCUGGUGAAAGAUGCUGCCCGCCCCACGUACUGGGUUCCGGAUCAGGACCUCCACUCGUGCUUUGGGUGUCAGAGGGAAUUCAACCCGCGUCUUUCCAUUCAUCACUGUCGCUCGUGUGGGCAGGGAGUGUGCGAAGACUGCUCCCCCGAAAGGAGACCGGUGCCCUCUAGAGGCUGGGACCACCCUGUACGAGUCUGUAAUGCGUGUGGACAGAAACCAGGGGACCUAUAACGCUAAAGGGAGUAAUAAUGACAGACAGCAGGUGAAGUGUCUUGCUUAAGGGCACAGUACAAAACCACCAAUCUCUCAACCAAUUGGGAUACUGCAGACCCAAAGAAAAACAGGCAUCUCUAGGCAAUGAUUGACAUGGUGAGUUUGGCGGAGUGUCUUGCUCAUGGACAUGAUGACAGUACACAAUGACUUUAAAGAGCAUCAGACUCCCAACUAAAACUAUACAGAAUAAUACCAGAAACUGCAUAUCUGGUAGGUGAGAUGUCUUGCUCAAGGACACAAUGUCAGUAUGAAGUAUACAGUGUCUUUAGCUAGCAUCAAACCACCAACCACUCAAACCGAGCUACUCCUGUCCCCAAGAAAACAGGGAUCUUUAGUACUGUAAGAAAUAAAUAACAGGGCAGUUGGGUGGAUUGUCUUGCUUAAAGGCACAGUGACACAACCAAUAACCUCUCAACCAACUGAUUUACUGCUAUCUCUCAAUAAACAAGGGGGUCUGUAUUACUAGGAAGAGUAAUGCCAUGCAAAGUGAUGUGGGUAAGGUGUAUUGCCCAAGAACACAAUGGCACAAUGUUUGCCGCAUUGAACCCCCAACCACUCAGCCUACUUAGCUACCUACUGCUGCCCUCAAGAACCCAAGAAACCUCUAGCACAAAAGGCAAUUAUUAACAGACAAGAGAAGGCGGGUGGAGUGUCUUGCCCAAGGACACAAUGACAGCAUAUAGUGUCUUUUGCGAGAAUUAAACGUCAACUUUUCAACUGAGCUACUGCUGCCCCAAAGAAACUCAGAAACCAUUGGAUCUGUAACAUUAUACGGAAUAAUACCAGAAAUUGUAUUAUCUGGUGGUUGGAGUGUCUUGCCUAAGGACAUAAUGGCAGCAUAAAAUGUCUUUAACGAGCAUCGAACCACCAACCUCUCAAACUAAGCUACUGCUGCCCCAUUGGAAACCAGGGAUCUCUAGACACAAUGACAGUAUGCCGUAUUGAACCACAAACUUUUCAUAACCUUUCAGGAAAACCAGGUACAACAAGUGCGUGGGGAAUAAUGGACAAUGUAAAGUGAGUGACGUGUCUUGCCCAAGGACACACUGGCAGUAUACAGUGUCUUUACCACCAACCUCUCAAGGACAAAGUCAUGUUUCAGAACUGGCAUUACCUUAUUGGUGUUUUUGGUUUACAGGCAUUGAAAUUUUGUAGUUUUUGAUGUCAUUUUCAAACAUGUUUUAUAUAAGUUCUGCAAAAAUAUGUUGCGUUCAAGUUUUAGAAUAUGAUGUUGUUAUUUCGUUGAGGCAGUUGUGUGUUGUUAUGGUUGUUUAUGGCAGAAUGUUCAGCGGUUACCAUGGUGGCACAAUGCACACAUUAGUGAACACUGCCAAGCGUUUUCAAAUUUGUCAAAAAACUCAAGAAAAGUACAAAAUAGAUUUAAACAACACAUUUUCAGGAGGCUGAGAUCAAUGCGAGCGUUCAUGGUCCAGUUUAGGAGUUUGUGAGUGUGUGAGAGACUUGUUUAAAAGCACAAAUCAUCUUAAAUCAGUUCUUCCUGGUCAGAUUAUGUUAAAACAAAGCUCAGAUUAAAGUAAUUUGAGAACUUCAGACAGACCAGUGCCUGUACCUGCAAAGUAUCAAUAUGACGAUUUUUACCAAUUUACCAUUUUUGCCCUGCCCUACUUGAAACUCAUCAUGAAAACAGAUCAAAUAAAUUACUUUUUAACUACUUCAUACUACAAAUAUAAAAAAAAUCAUACAUUUUAACCAGAUAUUGUUUUGCAAAAUAACUUGACUCCCACGAACUUGAAUAUAGAAUUAUUUAUAACUUUUGCUUACAUUUUAUGCUUCCAAAUGCAACUGAAUAAAUACUGCCCCCUCUUGACAAUCCCCUGUAACUGCAAUGCACCUUCUACUGUCCAUCUCAAGUACAUGUCUGUAAGUUUACAUAAAAUAAAAUCUCAUUAAUAUCAGGUACAUUUAGGAUUUUUCGCCCUUGAAGUAUUGUUUCUAAAAGUUAUAAAAAUACAAAUAUAAAAUAAAAAAGUUGCAUUCCAAUGAAAACUUAACUGCCUUGCCCAUAGAAUAUGAAUUACUUCCUUAAAGGUGCACUGAGUAACCAUGGAGAUAGAUUGAAAGCCACUACAGCAAGUUACAGGUCAGAUCUGUUGGAGAGGCAAGCUCGCUCACAAUAGAAAUUCAUGCUUUUUUCGAUAUAAAACAGUAAUGGAAUGCAUCUCCGUGGAAACAAGCAGAUGGAAGAAAAGUUACACUGUGCCCUUUUAAAAGUAGAAUUAACACAUGCUCUUAGUUUUAUAACAGCAGAGGAAGUACAACUGGUAUGCCAUUAGCUGUCAAAUACUGGAGUUAUCACUAUAUAGAGGCCUUUUUAGAUAUUGCAAAAUUUAAUUAAAACAAUAUAUAUGUUAUUUGAAAAUUAAUAGUACUUGCAUUUCUUUUCCUCUAAAUUGUAACCUAGGUAUCAAAAAUGUAAAACCAAGUAUACUGUAGCAUCCUCAUUGUAAAAUAGGUUUAAAAAGGGAAACGGGAUUGGCUAGAGAGGCUCGUCCCUCAAAAACAUAGUUAGACUUUGGGUUUGAGGAGCGUAAUAUGUAACGUAAUGUAAGCAAUACUUAAAUCUUAAUGGCCUUUUAAAUAUUAUGUCUUUGAAUUAUUAAUAUGUGGUUUGGUAAAGCUGUUUGAUUUGAUGUUUGUUAUUGAAUACAGUGGUUCCCAAAUUGUACAUGAGAAAUACUGACAAAACAAUAUUCUGAUUGUGAGUGACAGGACUGAAAAAUGUAUGAUAUUUUCUGUAUCAUGCUUAAAGGGGAGUUUAAAUGCACACACCAACAUUAUGUAAAUCCUUUAUGUCCCUUUAUGUGUAUUAUGGAUUAAACAGAUAACUUAAUUGCAA